GAGAUCUCAGACACAUCACUACUCACUUCACUUCUGCGUGCCAAUACCAGCGCACUGCUCUGCUCAAGACAAGCUCGAGCCCCAAGCCAACAAGCCAGCCAGCACCACCACCACUAUCACCACUAAUACAGUAAUACCCUCAAGAUGGCGAACUCACGCCUCUUCCAACCCCUCAAACUCACCCCCCAGAUCACCCUUGCCCACCGGAUGGCCAUGGCUCCGCUCACCCGCUUCCGCGCCGAUGACGACCACGUCCCCACCCCCUUAAUGGCGACCUACUACGCCCAGCGCGGCUCCGUGCCAGGCACGCUACUCGUGACCGAAGCGACCUUCAUCUCCCCCUCCGCGGGUGGGUACGGCAACGUGCCGGGCAUCUACAACGCCGCCCAGGUCGCCGCGUGGCGCAAGGUCACCGACGCGGUGCACGCCAAAGGCAGCUACAUCUUCUGCCAGCUGUGGUCGCUCGGGCGGGCAGCAAAACCCGAAGUGGCCGCGAAGGAAGGCUUCAAGGUGCACAGCUCGAGCGCGGUCCCCAUGGAGGAAGGGGCGCCGGUGCCCGAGGCGAUGACGGCCGAGGAGAUCCGCGCGCGCAUCGCCGAGUACGCCGACGCGGCGCGGAAGGCGAUCGAGGCCGGGUUCGAUGGUGUCGAGAUCCACGGCGCCAACGGCUACCUGAUCGACCAGUUCACCCAGGACACGUGCAACCAGCGGACCGAUGAGUGGGGCGGCAGCGUGGAGAACCGGUCGCGCUUCGCGGUCGAGGUGACCAAGGCUGUUGUGGAGGCCAUCGGGGCCGAGAGGACGGGGAUCCGCCUCAGUCCGUGGGGCAGGUUCCAGGGGAUGCGGAUGAAGGACCCCGUGCCGCAGUUCGAGGAUGUGAUCCGGAAGAUCAAGGGUCAUGGGCUGGCGUAUCUGCAUCUCGUGGAUAGCAGGCCCUUGGAGGAUGAGGCUGUAGACGCACCCUCCAAGGCGAAUCCGGAGAGGGACAGCUUGGACUUCGCAGUGAACCUGUGGGACGGCCCGAUUCUGAUAGCCGGCGGCAUCACGAGCGCAUCGGCGAAGUCUUUGGUUGAUGAGCGGUACAAAGACAAGGACGUCAUCGCCACCUUCGGACGCUACUUCAUCUCGACGCCCGAUUUGCCGUUCAGGAUCAAGGAAGGUCUCGAGUUGAACCUCUACAACAGGGACACCUUCUACAUUCCUAAGUCACCGGUUGGAUACAUUGAUUACCCCUUCAGCAAGGAGUUCGAGGCAUUGGACGGAGCGAGACUUUGAACGCAUAGAUCUGAAAAGAGGGUUGCAUUUCCGUUGGGUUA